AUGUCUUCAGAUACAUAUGUUGAUGUUCUCGUCAUUGGCGCCGGACCUACUGGUCUAGGUGCCGCCAAAAGGUUGAACCAGCUUAACGAGGCUUCCUGGCUUCUUGUUGACUCUAAUGAAACCCCUGGAGGGCUUGCCUCUACCGAUGUCACACCCGAGGGAUUUCUCUAUGAUGUCGGCGGACAUGUCAUUUUCUCUCAUUACAAGUACUUCGAUGAUUGCAUCAACGAAGCUCUUCCCAAGUCUGAUGAUUGGUAUACACAUCAACGCAUCUCCUACGUCCGUUGCAAGGAGCUUUGGGUUCCAUACCCGUUCCAGAACAACAUUAGUAUGCUGCCCAAGGAAGACCAGGUUAGCUGUAUGAAUGGCAUGAUCGAUGCAGCUUUGGAAUUCCGAGUUGCAAACACGAAGCCAAAAAACUUCGACGAGUGGAUUGUGAGAAUGAUGGGUGAGGGUAUCGCGGAUCUAUUUAUGCGACCAUAUAACUACAAGGUUUGGGCUGUGCCUACCACCAAGAUGCAAUGCGAAUGGCUUGGAGAGCGUGUCGCAGCACCGGAUCUCAAGACUGUUACCAAGAACGUCAUUCUCCAGAAGACGGCAGGUAACUGGGGCCCUAAUGCUACAUUCCGUUUCCCUGCCCACGGCGGUACUGGUGGCAUCUGGAUCGCUGUUGCAAACACUCUACCAAAGCAAAAUGUUCGCCUGGGUAAGAGUGGAACUGUUGAAAAAAUUGAUGCGGAAAAGAAGGUUGCUACUUUAGCAGACGGGAAAACUAUUACAUACGGAAGACUCGUCAGCACAAUGGCUGUUGAUGCUCUGUGCGAAAAAAUUGAUGACCAGGAAUUGAUAAUCAUGACCAAGGAUCUGUUCUAUUCUACCACCCACGUUGUCGGAAUUGGUAUUCGAGGCGCGAGACCAGAGAACAUUGGUGACAAGUGCUGGCUUUACUUCCCCGAAGACGAUUGUCCGUUCUAUCGCGCAACUAUCUUCAGCAACUAUUCUCCCAACAACCAGCCACAAGCAAACAUCAAGCUACCCACCCUCCAGAAAGCAGAUGGAAGCAAGCCUGACUCGAGUGAACCCCAGGAGGGACCUUAUUGGUCCUUGAUGAUGGAAAUUUCUGAGUCGUCAAUGAAACCAGUUGAUGGGCCUAACCUACUCCGUGAUACCAUUCAAGGCUGUAUCAACACCAGUCUUAUAAGUGCGGGUGCCGAGAUUGUAUCUACCUAUCACAGACGAUUCGAUCACGGAUACCCUACACCCAGCCUGGAGCGCGAUGGGGUUUUGAAACAGCUACUUCCUAAACUACAAGCAAAGGGCAUUCACUCAAGAGGUCGGUUCGGCAGCUGGAAAUACGAAGUCGGAAACCAGGACCAUUCAUUCAUGCUCGGUGUUGAGGCGGUUGAUAACAUCCUUCAUGGGGCAACUGAGCUUACCUUGAAUUACCCCGACUUUGUCAACAGUCGUUCCAAUACCGAGAGAAGCCUUAUUGAAGGAAAAGCGCUUUUCUCGCAGCUCCCCGCUUAUAAGGAUGUUGAAACGAGAAACUAA